AUGGCGGAAGGGGGCCGCGAACCCACCAACAAAGACCUGAUGGAUUUUAUGAAAAAUAUGGGAGAAAAAUUGUCAGUAAUGGAAAAGAAAUUGAACAAAAUUGAAACACUUGAACGCAAGGUUAUGGACUUUGAAAAAGAUAUAAAAAAGAUAUGGGUAGCUCUUGAAGACCGAGUUAAGCGUACCGAUGAGCCGGUAGGCAAGCUGGAGGACAAGGUGGAUUCGGUCGACGUUGAGGCGGCGCAGAUGGCGGACAGGAUGGCCACCUUGGAAAAACAGCGGGAGGAACUUCGGGACGAUGUUGCGUACUUGAAGUCGCAAUCUAUGAGGAACGAUCUUAUUUUUACUAAUAUCCCCGAAGAUAAUUCCACCGGCAACGAGUCCGCUGAGGUCACCGAAGACAAGCUCCGCCAACACCUUCAGGAUACCCUCAAGCUCGCGAAGGAGACGGUCGAGUCCAUUCGCUUUGAACGUGUUCACCGGUCUCCAGGUCAACCAGUGCCGGGCAGGAUCCGCAACAUCGUUGCAAAGUUCACGUUCUUUAAGGACCGGGAGGUAGUAAGGAGACAGUGGAAGCAUUUGGCGGGGACGGGCCGUCAAAUGUACGAGCAGUUUCCACCGGAAGUACUGGACAAACGCCGCAGGCUAGUGCCCAAGAUGAAGGACGCCAGGAAGGAGGGCAAACGUUCAUGGAUAGUGUACGACACCCUGUACGUAGACGGCAAGCCGGUGAGGAGCUAG